AUGAAAUUGACAACCGAUUUCCAAGCAACGGUAGGCAAGAUGAUUUAUAAACAAAAAACAGAUAAAUUGAAUUGAAAAAAAAAAUGUUUUUAUGAAUAACUCAUAUAUGCAUGAACUGAGUCAACAAUAUUAUAAUCAUUUGAAUAAAUUCAGCGAGUGAAAUACAAUACAAGACAAUGGCUUCGACAAAUAUUCGCGAUCAAAAAAUCGAACAGCAACGGCAGAUAAUGGAGCAGAAGAUGAAACAGAAGAGACAGAACUCAGGUUUGGUUCAAGCAAAUGAUUUGAGAGUCGGUUCUGCGAAGCGCCCUAUAUCUGGAAGCCGCUCUAGAGAAUUACAUGGCUAUGAUGGUCCGAUGCAAUUUCUUAUGUCUCCAGUUAACCCUGAUCAAGUUAUACCCCUGCAGACCAAUAGAAUAUCAACAUAUGAUGAACUAGGUAACCAGAUAGAAGUGCUAACGGUGGGUGAUGACGUGACCUCAGGCAGCGGGGAGGAAGGAGAGAGUGUUCCCGUGUGCAGUGUUGGCAGGGACGCGAGUGUGGAUGAUAUCUGUGCGGACGCGGCUGUCGCACCGAUGCAGGGCCGGCCGCGACGUGACGAGUCGCCUAGCCAGACUGCAGAAAUUGAAGGAUCUGUCGAAGGUGCAGUGGAGACAUUUGUAACGACUCCGGCAAAGCAUGGCACGUUGUACAAGUGUCGUAUCGCACGCGACAGGAAGGGGAUGGAUAGAGGAUUGUAUCCUACAUACUUCUUGCAUCUCGAAAAGGACUACGGCAAGAAAGUGUUUUUGUUAGCAGGUCGCAAACGAAAGAAGUCGACCACGUCGAAUUACCUCAUAUCAACAGAUCCAACAGAAUUAACUCGCCAAGCUGACAGCUUUGCGGGAAAGCUGAGGUCCAAUCUAUUGGGAACUGCUUUCACAGUGUACGAUAGUGGGAAGGCGUGGCGAAAGAGUUCUAGAGAUCCAACUAGGCAUGAGCUUGCUGCUGUGGUUUAUGACACAAAUGUACUUGGCUUCAAAGGACCGAGAAAAAUGACGGUCAUAUUACCGGGAAUGACGCCAGACCGACAGCGCGUCACCAUCGCACCGCAAGAUGACAGCGAAACACUCUUGGAGCGAUGGAAAAGCCAAAAUUUCGAUGAUAUCGUCGUAUUACACAAUAAAACACCAGUAUGGAACGAUGAAACACAGUCAUACGUGCUCAACUUCCACGGCAGAGUAACCCAGGCAAGUGUGAAGAACUUCCAAAUUGUACACGAUUCGGAACCAGAUUAUGUUGUCAUGCAAUUUGGUAGGAUAUCAGAGGAUGUGUUUACUAUGGAUUUCAGAUAUCCAUUGUGUGCUUUACAAGCGUUUGGUAUAGCGCUCAGUUCGUUUGAUAGCAAAUUGGCAUGUGAAUAAAUGUUUGUUGAAGGAAUUGGUGUGUAGAAUAGAGCACUUUACAAUUAGUUUAGUUGAUCUUCACUUGGAGUAUUUUAUAUAUGAAUUGCAAUGAAUAAUUCAUGAUAGUAACAAGGUAUUUAUAUUAUUUGUCACUUUAAGUAGAAAAAAAAGUAUGACGCAUUAAC